AUGGCGUCCAGUCACGACAACGGCGCGAUUCCCCCUCAAUUCAUUCUCACGCCACAACAGCAAAACCUGCUGUUCCGUGCCCUGACCUCAAACCAGCCGAGUGUCAAUCCAUCCUCGACAGUUGGCAACGAUCCUCUGUCAAUGUCGCCCACCUCAUUGCAGAACAGCUCGCCUGCUGGGCAGAGCCUGGUUACACCCAACGCCUUCCAAGAGUCACCUUUCCUGGAUUAUGAUUACGACAUUGGCCACGACAACAACUUUGAUUUCGAUUUCAUUGGCGAUCAGGCCAAGAUGAUUGGUGACCUUCCAGGCACAAACACAGCGGCCACCUCCAAAGACAAUGAGACCAAGUCUGGCUCAUCGGAGCCGGAGACGUCGGAUAAGAGGAGUCAUCCUGAUGAUGACGAGGACGCCGACGCGGAGGAGGGUGGCGGUAAGAGGCGCGAGAGCGAGAGCAAGACACAGAAGAAGGCCGGUCGUAAGCCGUUGACCAAUGAGCCGACUUCGAAGAGGAAGGCUCAGAACAGGGCCGCGCAGCGCGCCUUCCGCGAGCGCAAGGAGAAGCACCUUCAGGACUUAGAAACCAAAGUGGAAGAGCUGGAAAAGGCUUCCAACACCGCCAACAGCGAGAAUGCUCAGCUCAAGGCACAGAUUGACAAGCUGACCGUUGAGCUUGCCGAGUACAAGAAACGGCUUACACAGGCCAAUACCAGCGGGCGAUCUGUGUCCGCAGGCAAUGCCCGCACUGGCUUUGGUACUCCAGCCGUCCAGAACUUGAGCGAUGUGAAUUUCCACUUUGAGUUUCCUAAGUUUGGCGGUGUUCAGUCCUCUCCGGACCUCACUGCUGCGAGCCAAAAGGCGCCUACUGGUCGUACUUACCCUUCGCCGUCAAUCAGCACGGGCACCCAGAAUAGCCCGGCGGCAUCAUCAAAGGACUAUGCGAGCCCAAGCCAUCCAAAGAGUCGGAGCUCGUCAGAUGCCUUGGCAAAGGACGCGAGUUUCAGAUCGUCUCCUGGAUUCAACAACAGCCCGUUGUACGAUAACCUCUUCGGCACCAAUGCUUCCAGGACAAGCCUGGAUUCAGCGUCGUUCAGUCUCAAUGGUGGCAACACUGCUUCGCCCUCAGCUUCUUCCAACUCCAAUGGUGGGCCCAGUUCAUCGUGCGGCACGUCACCCGAGCCUUGCACUCAGUCGCCACUGGGCUUCAAACCUUUAGACACUCUGACCACAAUUGGGGAGGAGCAGCCAACUCUGACGACGAGUAAUCUGAACACCUUUGGCAACAUUGACACUUCAGACUUUAAUCUCGGCUGGCUAUCUCAACAGAAUGGUGGCCAGUUUGAUCCCCAGCUGUUCAAUGACUACCGAGAGCCGCAAGAGAACGUCCUUGCGAACACAGCUUUCGAUGACAGCUUCUUCAAUGAUGCAUUCGACAUGGAUUUCACCACGCCAUACAACAUCGCGCCAAGUCCCAACUUGCCCAAGAAGAAGAACCUUAUCGCCGAGAUUGACGCGAGGAAAGAAUUCGAGGAUACAAUCACCGUCACCGGCAGCAAUAACGAGAAGCUUCUCACCUGCAGCAACAUCUGGUACGAUCUCGACGCGGGCAGCAGCCUGGAUCUGGGAGCCCAAACUGACAAGCUUGACAGGGAAAAAUUGCAAACUUGUCCAAAGGUGCAAAAUGGCGACCUGGACCUCGAUGGGUUGUGCUCUGACCUUCAAAAGAAGGCAAAGUGCGGUGGCUCUGGCGCCGUUGUCGACGAGCACGAUUUCAAGACCAUCAUGACCAAAUACCUUGGACCUGAGGAUGCCAAAGCAUGCCAGUAG